GGUAAAUUCCUCUUUGCUUAGGCCAGAACUAAGAGUAAAAAUACGGCGGACAAUAUCGGACUCUCUCAAGUCGAACUCCGAGCUAUUCUUUUGCAGCAUGGUCUUUCAACGCAUCGACCCCACGAACAGUGGAUGUGCUAAAUCGUUUCUUUUGCCAAAACGAUCUCACCAGCAUAUGGCGUGUGCGUGAAUAGGCAGGUGAACGCAGUGUAACGUGAGUCUCUCCAGAGGCCAUUUAAUUGACACGCUAAUUCUGGGAAAAUCUAUAAGGAUUUAUCAGUGUGAGGCGUUGCAGUAAAACGUUGGUAACCUUGGUUGCAACAAAUAUACCUUAUCAGCUUCAGCACACCAUAACCAUACACCGGGAAUUCGCAGCCUACUUAUCGAGUGAUGUUUCUUUUUAUCUCUGCGGGAUCCUUUUGGCAAACACCGGUGCAUCAUUCAGAAAUUUGCCGUCUACUGUUCAGCAAGCCGGAAGAGACCCAUGUCCAUCAGAACGAUGACACUGUGGGAUUUUGGUCCAGAGGAAUGACUAACUGCUGUCUCGAAUCUAGCUAAAGCGCCAGUACGUUUUGUGUGAAAAUAAUCCUGCAACCAUUUUGACUGAAACCAAAGCUUGCUGCCAAUUGCCCAUUAAUUCUGAGGCCGCUGAUCGCCGUGCAUUUUACCAUUAAGUGAGUGUACCAUUCGACGAGACAUUAAUUUUGCCUGACUCCUCAUUGAUAUAACUAGUAAAAGAGAGGCGCUGCUUUCUGAACAACCAGACCUCUGGGCGCUUGGGAAAGAGGUGAGCACUUUCAAAAUGUUUCGCAGGAAGUUUAACAGCCAAAUACUUCUACUCGUCGGCCUGCUGUCGUCGAUGGCCCUGUUCACCUACCUCCUCUCUACUGGCGGGAUUUAUUACUAUGACGCCGAUUUCAACCUGCACAUAGGCAUGCACCUGGACGCCAUUUUGGAUCGGCAGGGGUCACGGGGUCAUCCCAGAGCGACAAAAAAGAAACUCGUUCUGGAUGAGAAGGUGUACGAUAGAUACAGAGCUUUGAAUAAGUCCAUGUAUCGCUACUCCGUACCACGUGACUACAGCUGCUUUUUCAAGGACAAACUUCAGGGCCCGGAUAUGCCCGAUGUGCAUUCGGCUUUUGCCGAUCCGAUCGCGGGUUAUGUGGCCUUUAUUGGGCUUAAAUUCUUAAAACAGAAGUGGCACAGUGAGGUAUUUGCAUGCGAGUUUCCCGAUGGAAAGUUGACCAAAAGUAACCCCAUCAUCGAUGACAGCAGAAGUUUUGGCAUCAUGCCACAGUAUGUCGUGGUGAUCACGUGCCCGUUGCCCGAUCGUUACCGCUGGAGGGCGUACUUCAACAUGACACUGCGAAGGCUCUCGAUUGAUGCCGCCUAUUCAAAUAUCACUGUCUGUACAUCAGGCGUUUCGCCGGAGACGCAAUACCAGCUGGCAAUCUGCACCAUGGUUAAGUCGGCAGACAGCUUUAUCCCAGAGUGGCUGGACUUCCACAGGUUUGUGGGUGUGGAACACGUCUUCAUAUACGACAAUGAGAAUGAGGGUGACACAAAGUUACCAACCACUGUCAAGGAUUAUGUGGAUAAGGGUUUCGUCACCAUCGUCCCCUGGGCACACAGCGUAUCACGCUACAAGACUUACCUAGAGGUUCAAAUAGCCCAUGAGAACGACUGCAUCUGGAGACACAAGUACGACGUUGAUUGGAUGAUUAAGAUUGACGUGGACGAGUACAUACAACCAAUGGACGCACAGCGGCCACGUAUCACAGACUACCUUCAGGACGAAUUAUUGAAAAGCCUCGGAGCCCUUCGGGUUCAGAACUGGUUCUUCGGCCACCCUCGGCAUAUUACUCCACGCGGUAAUUCCACCAUAACUCGGAACCUGUGGCGUUCGGAAAAGCCCACCCACCAGAACACUGGCCACGACAAGAACAUCCUCCGACCUAUCAACGUGCACUAUUUUAAAAUCCACAACGUGAAACUCGGGGGAGACAUAAUGUCAGCUGAUCCGUACAAGGAACUACGAAUGGUUCAUUUUCGAGUAGAUAACCCUAGGGCCUUGAGGUUUGAGCUCCCAGAUUUCAAUGUGAGGGACAAAUCGAUGUUGAGACUUAGAGACCUUGUCAGAGCCAGUAAAAGCCGAUCACCCUGAGGAAGAGUUACCGCUUCACUCCUACUUUAACCCAGAAUUCCUCAUUAAUUUUAGACAGAACACAUAAUCUGGCAAUCUUGAAGUUUCAUAUCAAUAAAUACAACUUGGCGAUCAGAUUUGCAUCUAUAAAUGUAUCCUUUUAUUAUUCAUAGGCAGAGUAUUAUGGAUGAAACCGAACACGCAAAUCGUAUGCCUUGCAAUUACAUGUAAUCUCAAAUCAUUUGCAUACACGAAGACUGAGUUGUUCACCAUAUUUUCCCUUUUCAUUCACCACCUCUACAGGCUAUUCAACUGGUUCAAAAUGUUUUAAAUGCCAAACAGAACUGUCAGUAGACUCCUUAAAAAACGUGCUUUAGAAUCAACAAAUAACACACGUAACAUACCAUGCAGGUGUUUGUGUCUGCAAAGUUGUUCCCAUGCAUGUGUCCAUAGCACGAAUGCCAAAACGUUGUUCUUGUUUUUAAUAAAUAAUUUAAAUAAAUUGCACACUAUGUAGGGAAUUUCUUAUGGUUGAUGAAGAAAAGCGAAGCAAAUCAACGUUCAGUUACGCUUCCAAAAUUGUGCUAUUAAUAAAAGUUUCUGCUGCAAUCGGGACCUUCAGCCCCACUCGUACAUCAAGGCUUGAGCAGCAGGUAUUUCUUUCUCAUCGCUGUGUGCCCUAUGGCGUCAAUACAGCCGUCAAUACAGCCGUUUGACAACAGUGCGCCACCAAGAAUU